AUGAAGCUUACGACCGGGCUCAUUACCGCCUUUGCGGGGUACGUUGCUGCCGCACAGCAAUCCGCCCAAGUGUUCAUUGUGCCCGCCGGCGAUGCGUCGUCGCCUCCCGCGAUCACCCCCAGUCUCGCUCGGCUACUACUUUUGCAACGACUUGCCCCCAGUGGUCGGGGCUUGUCCCUUCACGAUAUCCCGAAUGGCGUCGGCCCUGAACAUGCAGUUUCUCUCAUCAGCCGCUUCGGAAAAAACAUUCCUCCUUUGUUCUCGGACGGACAAGCCACCGAACCCAGCCAAUUAGUCUUGAUGCUAGAGGGCAUGGAUGACAAGCAGAUGAAGGACCUUCAAAAAGCACUCAGCAUGAGUCCAUCAUUCACCAUAGCAGACCCGCCUUCUGACAAGGCGCACCGAGAUCUGAUGGAGCUGGACUUCUACAGGGCAGGUGUUGCUGAUGGAAGCAAGUGUUCUAUUCAACAGUUGGUUAACCCUCUAGAAAACUGUUGGGCGGGCAAGCGUUCUGCUGCAGCCAAAUUUAGUAUCAAAAAGAAUCCAGAACUCCUCGACGAGGUGCCGAAACAAAUCAAACAGCUCAUCCGACUUGCGAAGUCCGGGGAACUUCAGACAACUAUCGUCGCCCUUCCUUCAACCAAGAGCUCUAGCAAUUGGCUAGACGAGCAGCAACAAGAGCUGCGCCGCCGUCAAGCCGAACAGGUCAUUUCCUCUUUUGACAGGCCUGCAGCAAAUGCUGAGCCGACCUCAACACCCAAGCCGGACCCCAUCUUUGACUCAAGCGAGCGGAUCAAAGCCUGCUAUGAAACUAAGGAAGCGUGCAUGGCCAGCACUCGCAACUGCUCCUCGCAUGGUGAGUGUCAAGACAAGUAUGCCAAAGUCGAUGGGUCCAAGAAUACCGCCGCAUGCUUUUCUUGCCAUUGCCAACGUACCCGGAGCACGUCUGGAAGUCUGACAACCUGGGCUGGUCCAACAUGUGCAAAGAAGGACGUCAGUGUUGCAUUCUGGCUAUUUGCUGGUUUCACUCUCGCCUUGGUCGGUAUUCUCUAUUUAGCCAUCAGCAUUUUGUUCAACGUUGGCGAGGAGCAGCUUCCUGGUGUAAUUGGUGCUGGCGUUUCGCGGUCCAAAUAG